AUGUUUUGUCCUGGUGAUGGCAAAAAUAUAACAGUUGACAACAUUAGAUCAAAGAAACUAUCAACAACAUUACAUCUACCAACUAGUGUAGGUAUGGCUAUUGAUCUCAGCACGGGAAAUCUUCUAUUACCAGCCUUACAACUAUCCCCAGGCGACCAACAAUGGAUCGACUCUGAAUCAAAACAAACAUUUCUUGUUCCUCGAGAAAUAACAUUAACAAAAUCAUCAGGAAAUGAUAACUCAAUAAAAGUUCGUGUAUUUCGUGCAGAAACUGAAUUGGUUGAUGUUUGGCUCAAGAAUGCUGAAGCUGGUGGAUGGACUGGUGGUGAACUAGCACAUGUUCAAAACAUUACAGAUGUUUAUAAUAAUUAUUUCAAAGAUAAUCAAGCAAUGGCUGUAAUUCAAGAUUUGAAAAUAGUGUAUAAGAUAAAUAUAAAAAAUGACAAUCAGUCUUUGAAAUUAAAUAAAUACGCUCAAAAGGCAAUCAAUGCUUUAACAGUUGAAUACAAUGAAGAACUAUAUCAAAAUUUCAUGGAUGUUUGGGGAACACAUAUUACUGUAUCAACUAUAGUCGGUGGCAUGACAGAACAACAAAUACUCUUCAAAAGUUGUCUAUUAAGUACAAAUGAGAUCACUGAUGGACUUUCUCAAUCCGUAUUUGAAGACAAUCUCAAACAAGAUCUAUUAAAAACAACUCCAUGUAUUGACAGAUUUUACUACGAUAGACGUAAAAAGUUAUUAGAUCAUCGAAUUGGUGGUAAUAUCCUCUUGAUAAAUAACACUGAUGAAUGGAAGAAAACAAUUGUUUACAAUCCAGCCUUAUUAACUGUGAAAAAAUAUUUACCGUGGUAUGAUUUCAUAUCAAAUAUGACAAUAAAAAGAAAUCUAAAACAAGCAGUAGAACGACGUAUGAAUGCAAUAAAUACUAUUCGAGAGACACAAGCAUAUCAAAUUCAAGAAGAAAGAAAACAAAUGACAUUUGCGGCGAAAGUCAUUGUUCAAUCAUCUGGUUAUAGAUGGACAACUGGAAAUGAUAUAACAUUACAAAAUGGAACUAUAUGUUCUACAGGAUUAACAAAUACUCAGCUUGCAGAUACAUGUAAUACAGGAACAAUGAUGAGUGCUUGUGCUUUAGAAUUGACUUCAGACAAUGAAAAUCGUAUUAUUAUUAGUUCAAAUCAAGUACCUGUAUGUUAUGAACGAAAUAAUCAAACAGGUAGCUUUCGUAUUGUGGCUCGAAGACAAUAUGGUGCAAGAAAUAAUAGUGUACGAACAGGAUUUAUAAAUUAUGAUGUCAAUGGUGAGUGGACUCAACCAGGUGGUUGCUCUAAACUAACAAAUAAAUGUGAGAAUUAUGCUGGCACAUGGUAUGUCUAUUUAUGUUCUGCUUGUGAUGUACAAUGUUCAUUAAAUCAAUAUGGACGACCGAAAUUUUGUAAAUGUUCAUGCCCAGCCUAUCCACCGGAUCCUGCAAAACCACCAUACGAACCAUAUUGUUAA